CUUGAUAUCGCCCCGUACGACGCUCACGAGACAUUCAUCUUCUUGUAAAUCGUUCAAGCUAUGAGCAAACUCAACGCAAACGCUUUCUCUUUCGUUCCCGGCCAGGCCUUCCGUGCUCCCCAGCAGCAGCCCGGUGCCCAAAUUCCUCCACCCCCGGCACCCAUUGAACGGCCUCCUCAAACUGAAGCUCCUGCUCCCCCUCCCACCAUCUCGUUAAAUAUCGGCGGAUCCAAACCUGCGUCCACCCCCGUAACUCCUGCUGCUCCCGCUGCCCCUGCUUCUGCUCCUCCUUCAGAAGUCGCGUCAGCCACCACCACCCCUUCGCGUCCCCGGAGCCCUGCCCCUGCUGCAGGCUCAGGCGCCUCCACCCCUGCGAAAGCUGCGUCUAAACCUACUGCGAAAUCUAGCUUGUCGCAGGCCUCAACAGCAGACACUUUCUCACUGGAGCGGGCCAAGAACGAUACUGCUGCUAUCGCCCAGGAAGUCCAGAAUGCUGUAGACGAGGCAACUCUCAAGGACCUCUUUGGAAAUAUCAAGGAACAUCUGAACAUCGUCUUCAUUGGUCACGUCGAUGCCGGCAAGAGCACCAUGGGUGGAAACUUGUUGUACCUUUGCGGCAUGGUCGAUAAGCGUACUCUCGAGAAGUACGAGCGCGAGGCCAAAGAGGCUGGUCGUGAAUCUUGGUACCUCUCAUGGGCUCUAGACUCCACACCCCAGGAGCGCGCCAAGGGAAAGACAGUCGAAGUUGGCCGUGCCUAUUUUGAAACGAACUCGAGGAGAUACACGAUUCUCGAUGCACCUGGGCACAAGACUUUCGUCCCCUCGAUGAUCUCUGGCGCUGCGCAGGCCGAUGUCGCCGUCCUUGUCAUCUCCGCCCGGAAGGGUGAGUUCGAGACAGGUUUCGAGAAGGGAGGGCAGACGCGCGAGCAUAUCAUGCUGGUCAAGACUGCUGGCGUGUCCAAGCUCGUUUGUGUCAUCAAUAAGAUGGACGAAUCGACCGUCAAGUGGGAAAAGGCCCGCUUCGACGAGAUUGUCGGCAAGCUUACCCCCUUCAUCAAAGCCUCCGGCUUCAGCAUCAAGGACGUCAGCUUCAUUCCUGUGUCGGCCUUUACAGGUGCCAACCUGAAGGAGCGAGUCGACAAGUCCGUCUGCCCAUGGUGGAACGGCGAAUCUCUGCUAGAGCAUCUCGAUGUCAUGCCCAUGGUUGACCGCAAGCUCAGCUCUCCGCUCAUGAUCCCUAUCUCCGAGAAGUACAAGGAUAUGGGAACGAUUGUCGUGGGCAAGGUCGAGUCCGGCCUCGUACGCAAAGGCGAUACCCUUGUCCUAAUGCCCAACAAAAACGAGGUCGAGGUUGCUGCGAUCAACAACGAAAUGGAAGAGGAGGUCAAUCAAGCACUUUGCGGUGACAACGUUCGUAUCCGGUUGCGUGGCGUCGACGACGAAGAUAUCAGCCCCGGCUUCGUCUUAACGAGCCCGCACAAGCCUGUCCACGCCGUAAGGCAAUUCGAGGCACAGCUCGCUAUACUCGAACACAAGAAUAUCAUUUGCGCCGGCUACUCUGCCGUCAUGCACUGCCAUACCCUCGCAGAAGAAGUCAACCUUACCGCUCUACUGCACUACUUUGACAAGGCGACUGGCCGCAAGUCCAGGAAACCUCCUCAAUUCGCCAAGAGGGGUCAGAAGGUGGUCGCACUGAUAGAGACUGCUCAGCUCGUCUGUGUCGAGCGCUUUGUAGACUAUCCACAACUCGGUCGCUUCACCCUGCGUGAUGAAGGCCGCACAAUAGCCAUCGGCAAAAUCACGAAGUUGCAUGAGAGGGACGAAGAGAUUGCGGAUGGCAUGGCUAACCUUUCCGUCAGCGGCGCUGGAGCAAACUAGAAGAUCAAAUGUAAUACUGUAAUUACC